CAGUGGUCUACCUACGCCUAAUGGAUCGGGAGCGCUGACAGAGAGUCCACAUUUGCUCGCUGGCAAGGCUAGUCGACGGAGAUCGGGUCCACGUAAUUGCAAAAAAAAAAAAAGGAACACUUUAUUGAUUUUUGCGAAAAAGACAAGCAAAAAAUGAGAAGAUCGUGGGAACGUUAUCGCUGGGACCCCGAGAGAAUCUUGAAGUUGCUAUUGAGUCCACCUCCGCGAGGAAGGAACGUCGUGCCGGUCUGCAACAAGCCCGAGUGCUUGCCUAAGCCUCCGGAGCUGACUGUUCAUGGGGAGAACUACUCGCGAUCGGUGCUGACGAUCGUCCACGUGGACUACUGCGUGCCGGAGAACGCGAAGGCCCACCGCACCGCGCGCUACGAGGUGUCGAAUCGGCCGAGCGGCCAAGCCCGGCUGGUCGUGCGUCGCGGCCAGUCCUUCCUCCUCGAGUUGACGCUGUCGCGCAACUACGACCCCGCCAUCGAUGGCAUGUCCAUCGUGUGUACCCUCGACGGUGUCGAGAGGCCGCAGUACGGGCACGGCACCCUCGUCGCCUCCCCCGUCUUGCAUCCGAACGAGGUGUCCGACGGCGCCUGGCAGACCGUCGUCCAGGCCUACGCCGACAACUCACUCAGGAUCAAGGUUACUCCGGCAGCGGAUGCCAUUGUCGGAAAGUGGCGGAUAGACAUUGAUACGAAAAGACGAGACUCCGAGGGCGCGGUCAGUUUCACCGUUGACCAUCCGUUUUACAUGAUAUUCAAUCCUUGGUGCCGAGAGGACUUGGUGUACUUGGGAAACGAGUCGGAGCGCCAGGAGUACGUUUUGGCGGACACCGGCCUCAUAUGGCGAGGCACCGGCAACCGGAUGAGACCGUCCGUGUGGAAGUACUCGCAAUUCGAGACGGACAUACUCGACUGUGCCCUCCACAUGAUAACGAACGUGGGAAAGGUCCGGAUAUCCGCUCGCAACGACCCCGUCGUUGUCACCCGUGUUCUCUCGGCUGCGGUCAACUCGCCCGACGACUACGGCGUGGUGAUGGGCAACUGGACCGAGGACUUUUCCGGGGGCACGCAGCCGUCCCAGUGGGUGGGCUCGCAAAAGAUCCUCCAGCAGUACUACCAGACGAGGAGGCCCGUCAAGUACGGCCAGUGUUGGGUGUUUGCCGGUGUCCUCGCCACCGUCUGCCGAACCCUCGGCCUGCCCUGUCGAGUCGUCACCAACUACUCGAGCGCCCACGACACCCAAAACAGCCUCACGGUCGACUACUUUGUCGACGAGGACGGCAAGAUCAUGGAAGAGCUCAACAGUGACUCCAUAUGGAACUUUCACGUCUGGAACGAGGUGUGGAUGAAGAGACUGGACCUGACGGCCGACUGCCACGGCUGGCAGGUGAUCGACGCCACUCCCCAGGAGCUGAGCGAGGACGCCUACCGGCUCGGCCCGGCUUCCGUGGCCGCCGUCAAACGCGCCGACGUACACCGUCCCUACGACAACGGCUUCGUCUUUGCCGAGGUCAACGCCGACAAGGUCUUCUGGAGAUACAACGGACCCUCCCAGCCGCUCAAGCUUGUGCGGAAGGACAUUUACGGAAUCGGACAGAACAUAAGUACGAAGGCGGUCGGUAGCUGGGAACGCGAGGAUAUAACGCACACGUACAAGUACCCGGAGAAGUCGGACGAAGAGCGGGCUGCCAUGCUGAAGGCGCUGCGGCAGAGCGAGUCGCUGUUCAGCCGUUACUACCUCAACGAGGAGUUCAACGACAUAAUGUUCAACUUUGAGCUGAGGGACGACAUCGUGAUCGGCCAGCCCUUCAGCGUCGUGCUGGUGAUAAAGAACCACAGCUACUCGCAAACGUACCAGGUGUCGGUGAUACUGCGCGUGGAAGUGGUCACGUACACGGGCCGAGUGGGCGACGCGGUCAAGCGGUCGGACAGCGAGCGUUUCAUCAGACCCGGCCAGACGGACGAGGUGCGACUCGAGGUGUCCUGGGACGAGUACGGGCCGCGGCUGCUCGACCAGGGCGCCUUCAACAUAUCCUGCCUCGCCACCGUCAAGGACACGAAUUUCGAGUACUUUGCGCAGGACGACUUCCGCGUCAGGAAGCCCGACAUAAAGAUCGAGUUGGAGAACGAGCCAUGCGCCGGUGAGCUGCUCGAGGCGGUGGCGCGUUUCACGAACCCGCUGCCGAUCCCGUUGAGGCGGGGCAAGUUUCUCAUCGAGGGCCCGGGCUUGAGGGAGCAGAUAAAGCUCAAGCUCACCGAGAACGUGGAGGUCGGUGCCGAGGCGGUCUGUCGGUUCUCGAUGUACCCCGAGUACGAGGGCAGAGCCACGAUAGCCGCGAAAUUUUACUCCAAGGAACUCGACGACGUCGACGGUUUUGUCAACUUUACGGUGCAACCGAGGCCGUACGUCAGGCGAGAGUAGAACGAACCAAUGUAUUUUUAUUUUAUUUUAUUCUUUUUUUUUUGUUUGCUGCCAAAAAUCACGCACCUGGAAGUUCAUUCCACUGUUGUACAUUUCGCGCAACUAUUGGCUAAGAGAUUAUUAUUUUUUUACGUUUCAUUAACCCAUUUUGUACGCGCGUAAACGUGCUACGUUUUUAUUUAUACAAUUCAAACGAAAAUGAAAAAUAUAUAGUAUUAUGUAGAUAUUAUUUAUGUAAACUAACGCCGAUUUUAACGCAGUGCAUAUAGGCUUAAGUAUGGAAAUACAUAAAAUUUUGUAAAUUAA